ACGUGACGUCGCCACGGAAGCCGUUCCCUGUUUGUUUGCUAACAAGCAGCCUCUCAUAACUUGCCUCCAUUAUGUUGUCUUUUCAUCCCUUUUUGGCGAUGAAGGCGCUUCGUCUCUGAGUCGCUCUUCGGUCUCCUCGCUGGCCGUAUGGUGCCGCGGGUCUGCGUUGCGACGCCGCCCCGGGGCUUGUCGUUGUGUGCGUAUGCGUAUGCGUAUGCGUUUAUGGGUGGCCUUCCAAUUCAACUUGUUUGCUUCCCUCAAAGUCAUGUUUAUUUCCUGAAGAUGGCGGCCGAGGGGACACUGUGAACUAAAUGACUGUCAGAAACAUCGCCUCCAUUUGUAAUAUGGGCACCAAUGCCUCCGCUCUGGAGAAAGACAUCGGCCCGGAGCAGUUCCCCAUCAAUGAGCACUACUUUGGUCUGGUCAACUUCGGCAACACGUGCUACUGCAACUCGGUGCUGCAGGCGCUCUACUUCUGCCGGCCGUUCCGCGAGAACGUGCUGGCCUACAAGGCCCAGCAGAAGAAGAAGGAGAACCUGCUCACGUGCCUGGCUGACCUCUUCCACUCCAUCGCCACGCAGAAGAAGAAGGUGGGCGUCAUCCCGCCCAAGAAGUUCAUCUCGCGCCUGCGCAAGGAGAACGACCUGUUCGACAACUACAUGCAGCAGGACGCCCACGAGUUCCUCAACUACCUGCUGAACACGGUGGCUGACAUAAUGCAGGAGGAGAAGAAGCAGGAGAAGCUGAACGGACGCCUGAAGAACAACGGCCCCGAGGCCGAGACGACGACGACGACGGCCGAGAACAAGACGGAGCCCACCUGGGUGCACGACAUCUUCCAAGGCACGCUGACCAAUGAGACGCGCUGCCUCAACUGCGAGACGGUGAGCAGCAAAGAUGAAGAUUUUCUCGACCUUUCCGUGGACGUGGAGCAAAAUACGUCGAUAACGCACUGUCUCAGGGACUUCAGCAACACGGAGACGCUGUGCAGCGAGUACAAGUACUACUGCGAGAUGUGCUGCAGCAAGCAGGAGGCGCAGAAGCGCAUGUGCGUGAAGAAGCUGCCCAUGAUCCUUGCACUGCACCUGAAGAGGUUCAAGUACAUGGAGCAGCUGCACCGCUACACCAAGCUGUCGUACCGCGUGGUCUUCCCCCUGGAACUGCGCCUCUUUAACACGUCCGGCGACGCCGUCAACCUGGAUCGCAUGUACGACCUGGUGGCUGUGGUGGUCCACUGCGGAAGCGGUCCAAACCGAGGGCAUUACAUCACCAUCGUGAAGAGUCAUGGUUUCUGGCUGCUCUUUGACGAUGACAUCGUGGAGGUGCGUCACCCUCUGUCUCCUCGUUUUCCUUGGUACGCUCGCCAUGUUUGUCUCAUCGGUAAAAAUCACACCCCUUUCUCCCCACAGAAAAUCGACGCGCACGCCAUUGAGGAGUUUUAUGGACUUACCUCAGACAUCUCCAAGAACUCUGAGUCGGGCUACAUCCUCUUCUAUCAGUCCAAAGAGUGACAUCGCCGUCCUUUUCUUCUGACUCCCCCAUGUGUGCCAACCCCCCCGCUACCCUCACCUUAUUUUUGAACUGACUUCACCUGCAUCUGACCGCACUUUACACAAAACAAAAUCAUCUACGUUAGCCCUCGUCUUUGACUGGGAGGAUGAUGUAUAAAUUGACCCUUUGUCAUUCCUCACAGUUACUAUGCAUUUUUUAGGGGGUUAAAGUAAUAUGUUCAUAUUUAGAUUUUGGCAAACUACCCAACUACAGGAUCAGCCGACACUCCACAUUAACAACUCCUUCUCUAGAUGGAUCUUAUUUAUUGAACUUAUUUAUUUUUGUAACUUGAGGCACGAACUGCAGGACUUCUUCUUUUCCUUUGGGCUUGUCCCUUUAGGAGUCGCCACGGCGCGUCAUCCUUUUCCAUGGAAGCCCGUAAAUCUCCUGCAUCCUCCUCUCCAACACCAACUGCCCUCAUGUCUUCCCUCACGACGUCCAUCAACCUUCUCUUUGGCCUUCCUCUCGCUCUCUUGCCCGGCAGCUCCAUCCUCAUCAUCCUUCUACCAAUAUCCUCACUAGUUCUCCUCUGGAUGUGUCCGAACCAUCCAAGUCUGCUCUCUCGAACUUUGUCUCCAAAACAUUGAACCUUGUGCUCAUUUCUAAUUUGAUCCAACCUGGUCACUCCGAGAGCGAACCUCAACAUCUUCUCUGCUUCCUGUCGUCUCUUCAGUGCCACAGUCUCGAAUCCGUCCAUCAUGGCUGGCCUCACCACUGUUUUGUAAACUUUGCCCUUCAUCCUAGCAGAGACUCUUCUGUCACGUAACACACCUGCCACCUUCCUCCACCCGUUCCAAACGGCUUGGACCCGUUUCUUCACUUCCUGACCGCACUCACCAUUGCUCUGGACGGUGGACCCCAAGUAUUUCAAGUCCUCCACCCUCGCUAUCGCUUCUCCCUGUAGCCUCACUCUUCCCCCACCACCCCGCUCAUUCGUGCACAUAUAUUCUGUUUUACUUCGGCUCAUCUUCAUUCCAUCUUCAUGCCUCCAUCUUUCGAACUGUUCCUCCACCUGCUCCCUGCUUUCACUGCAAAUCACAAUGUCAUCUGCAAACAUCACGGUCCACGGGGAUUCCAGUCUCACCUCAUCUGUCAGCCUAUCCAUCACCACUGCAAACAGGAAGGGGCUCAGGGCUCAUCCCUGAUGCAGUCCCACCUCCACCUUAAAUUCAUCUGUCACACCUACAGCACCUUUGCCCUGUGUCACAUCUCAAUGUAUUGCUUUCGCCUCUCCUCUGUCCUCUCAGUGUCCCACUUCUUCUCAGCUAACCUUUUUCCUUGUAUGAUUUCCUGUACUGUGAGGUUCCACCACCAAGUCUCCUUCUCUCCUUUCCUGCCAGAAGAUACACCAAGUACUCUCCUGCCUGCCUCUCUGAUCACCUUGGCUGCAGUGGUCCAGUCUUCUGGAAGCUCCUCCUGUCCACCGAGUCAUCUUCCACACCCCCGUCCUAUGCUGUCUAGCCAGACUCUCCCCUAGCACUACCUUACAGUCGGUAACCUCCUUCGGAUGACAUCGUCCAUCCACCUGCGUGCUUCAACCUCCGCUCUUGUAGGUCACCCUAUGUUCCUGCCUCUUCUGGAAAAAAGUGUUCACUCCAGCCAUUUGCAUCCUUGUUGCAAAGUCUACCACCAUCUGUCCCUCCAAGUUCCUUCCCCGGAUGCCGUACUUACCCAUCACUUCUUCAUCACCCCUAUUGCCUUCACCAACAUGUCCAUUACAAUCUGCACCAAUCACGACUCUCUCUCUGUCUGGGAUGCUCACAACUACUUGGUCUAGCUCCUUCCCGAAUUUCUCUUUCACCUCGAGGUCACAUCCUACCUGUGGGGCACAGCCACUCAUCACAUUAUACACAACACCCUCAAUUUCAAGUUUCAGCCUCAUCACUCGAUCUGAUCCAAUUUUCCCCACAAAGACAUUCUUAGCCAACACUUCUUUUAAAAUAACCCCGACUCCAUUUCUCUUCCCAUCUACACCAUGGUCAAAUCAUUGAAAGCCUGCCCCUAAACUUCUAGCCUUACUGCCUUCCACAAUAUGUCAACCAACUCCCGAGAUUUUCCUGUCAAAGUCCCCACAUUCAGUUCUAGGCUCUGUGCUUUCCUCUUCCCACAGUAGCUGAAUUUCCACCGGCGCCGGCGGCGGACGUUGUUAACCCGGGCCACGACCGAUCCGGUAUGGAAUUCUUUGGAUGAACGCUCAUAUUUGUUUGGCAAAGUUUGAAGCCGGAUGCCCUUCCCGACGCGACCCUCUGCAUUUAUCCGGGCUUGGGAACGGUCUACAGUUUGCACUGGCCAGACACAGAAACAGCUAACGGAAGGAUCCGGUCUUGGACAAUUGCAAUUCCAGGCCUGUUUUUGUAUUGGUCAAUGGUAAACUCUGAUGUAUUGUUCGAUACCAGACCCUGUAUCUGCUAAAAGGAAGAUCAGAUUUUGGUCAAUAGCAAAUGCAGGUUCCUGGUAUUUGAUGGUCAUGACAAAUUCACAUGUAUCGGUUGAUACCAGAACCCGAAUCUAUACUCAUGGCAUGAUCAGAUCGUGACAAAUGGAAAUCCAGGUCGCGUCCAAUACCAGAUCCUGAUUAUGAUACCAUUUUUUGGGGGUAUUGGCCAAGAACAAGACCAAGUAUCCGUUAUCGGCUGAUGCCAGGAAUUGGUAUGUGUGAGCCGUAUGAGGUACAGUAUGUGUCCAUAGCCAGGUAAUCCGAUAAUGACACAUGGAAAACUCAGGUGUCUGUAUCAGUCGAGACGAGACUCUGCUGUAUCUGCUAAUGGUAUGAUUAGGUUUUGCCAGUAGCAAACCCUGGUGGGUGUCUUGCUAUGCGUUUCCUCUUUGCAGCACUAGGAAAAAAAAAAAAAAAAAAAAAAGGCCAAAAUGGUGCAAUAAAGAAGUGAGGUCGAGCAGUGAGGAUGGUGCGUUCAGUGACCCAUCUUGUCACUUUUGUUGUGUUUUUAUUGCAUUUAGUUGGAGUUCCUGCAUUAUUGAUGUAAAUGGGGUUUGUGGUAAAUGCUCAUGUUAAUUCAAUAUAUCUCCCGAGAGAUUAGAAAAUUGGCAUUUCAUACACGUCUGUUUUUUUCCCACUCUGUGCCAAACUGCUGCAGACCUCGUCUUGAAAAAUGUCUUUAUUUUCUUUGUAAACGUGUACAGAAACAGUACGGUAUGUAGAAAACGGCAACAUUGUUUUUUUUUUUUGAAAAGGCGUGCGCGCGCUAAAGAGUUUCACGUAUAACCGAGUGCUGUUUUUCCCGCUCGGUAAUCUUGUCGCGUGAUUGGUCGAGAGUGAGUUUCCAUUCGUGAGACGCACUCUUCUUUACUGUGACCGUGGGUGGGAUAGCGCCACCUGUUGGAAGAGGAUGAUGUGUCUGAUUGGCUUUCAGCGAAAAGUGCACUUUAUUGGCCCACUCACUCGUUCUCAAUAAAAUUGACCAUCCAUGACA